UUUCAAGAUGGCGGAGGAUCUUGUUCAAGUCGACGAUCAGGAAAUUCAACGCUGUUUUGACACUGCCGUGCGCAUAGCACGUAACGCAGGAGAGGUAAUUACAUCAUUGAAGGUAUUAGGUAAAUAUGGACGGACGAGUUCCAAAGUUUGUUGGGAACUUGAAAAUUUGGCGCCGACGACUUCGACAAGUUUUUUUUGCCGGUUAAUUUGUCGAGUGCUUGUCACGUGUAGCCUGAGUUUCAGGAUGCGACCCAAAGAUAUGUCUGAAAUUCAGGCUAUUUAACGUGAAGUUGCCAAGUUUAAAUCGAAUUGACAACAGCGAAAACAAACUGUCAAAUUCAACGCCAAUGUACUAUCAUUAGGUUGUGCGGGUAGCUUUUCACAAGGAAAAGAACAUUGACACAAAGUCUUGCGGAACAGAUCUAGUAACAGAAACAGAUAAACAAGUUGAGGAGUUAAUCAUUGGAUCCCUAAAGAAGGAAUUUCCUUCUCACAGGUAAAUUAUCUUUUAAGAAAAUGACUUAAAAGUCAUGACAUCUUUAUAUUUUUCUUGUUUUCCUUAUGUUUUUUUUUAUUUUUAGCCAUUUCUUCCCUCUUCCGUCCCCUGGUUGUCAAUAAGUGUGCCAGUUUUAUUGUAACGGGUGAUUAUCCUAUUUAUUUAUGUUCGCAGUUUCAUUGGUGAGGAGUCAGUAAGUGCUGGUGGAAGCUGUAAUCUCACAAACAAUCCGACAUGGAUAAUUGAUCCCAUUGAUGGUACAACCAACUUUGUUCACAGGUAAGUACUGCAGCGGAAUUACAUUACAAGACAUUUGUACUUGUUUGUUUAUGCACUAGUCAGUGGAAAGCCCCGCACCCCCAUACCCGGGGAAUAGCGGGGCAUUAGACCAGGCGUCCCAACUAAAUGAAGCAAAUUCCCAGCUAUGCGGGGCAAUUUCUUAUGUCAAAACCUCAUUUUUAAACUCCGCCCCCGGGGCAAUACUUGAAAAAUCACAAGUCUCUGAAUAUUUCUGUAAAACCACAGCAGCAGUGCUGCUGAGUUUGUAAUAAUCCUUGAAUUUCAUAAUGACACUCUCAGUUUCACAAAUGUCCACUGCCCACCUGCUGUCCUUAUAUUGAAAUAAAACCUUUGAAAAACAAAAAUUUCAUUGCCACUUAAAACACAAGGUUAAAGCCUUCAAUAAGCUUUAAGAUCAAAAUCGAUUAAUGACUAGCAAAUAUAAGCUUAUAUUCAUAUACACAUGUGGCCAUACCUAUUAAUUUUGUAUUUGCUUUAUUACUAAACAUUCACACCAGAUGAAUGACUGAGGUCUACACAAUGGAGCGCCUAAAAGCUAAAAUAUACUGUAUUAUUCCAUUAAGACAGUUACACCGUCUGAAUAAAUAUACUGAUGUGGUGUUUAUAACUAAAAGAUGUGACACAACACAAGACUUAAAAGUAAAUUGACACGCUGAGCACAUUAUAGAAACAUAUUUCAAUGAAAAAACAAAUACAGUUAUUUAAAACGACAAAUAAAAUCAGCCAUUGGCUCAGUUUGCACAGUUGCUACGGAAAUGAAACAAGUGCCAAAAGACAAAAGGUCAACGCUCUAAAUAAAUCGCUAAUCAAGCAUGACGAGGGCAUAAACAAUACCCAACUUUGUCUAAUUUCACUACAAGACAUGAUAAUAUUGAGAGAUUGAACACAGAAUUUAAUCGAUGGCCCAUUACAGGCAUGAAAAGAAUGGAUUUUAAAUCAUACAUACCCUUCUUUUUGGCAGCUGCCAUUUUGAGAUCAUACGCUUUCCCAGUGUUCUUUGCAGGCCUAUUCAAAAUUGCUUCAAAAGCGAAAUCCCCACCAAAGCCCCGCUAACGGUGCCUGGUCGCUGUUAUUUGUGUCUAAUGUUGUCGAACACCCCGCACACUGGGGCAAAGAUGACCACUAAAAACUGCUAAAAUCCCCUGCUAAUGUCCCGCAUUCCCCCGGUAUGGGUGUGCGGGGCUUUCCACUGACUAGUGCAUUACUUUUCAUUGAUCAGUGAUAAUUUUUGGCUAGGGGCAAAUGAUGAAAGUUUACAUUUUCCUUUUAAAAGCACAAAACGAGUGGGGAAUUUUACCAGCCGUUCGAUUCGUCCUUUGUGUGUGAAUAUGUCUCAAAAGUGCAAAUUUUGUUUUAUCACAGAAGUAAGCGAGGAUUCUAAAAGCAGUUUGUCUCAGUCCACAGCGCAUACUACACGAUUCUAAAAACAGAAAGCCGUCUGUUUGAUGAAUUUUGAGAGAUCAGUCAAGCGACAAGCUCAUUAUAUUUCUUGACUUGACUCUCAAUUCUCAAAACGCGAGAAUUGAUUCUCAAGACUCAAGAAUUGAUUCUUGAAAGUUCCAAGAAUCAAUAUGCAAGUGACUGUCAACUUACUUUUGAGUGGUACUCUACAAUGGAAGAAUUGGGCUUUUCCUAUGUUUUGACUGGAAUGCUCCUAAAUACUCCUUAAAAAUUGUUCAUCUUAGAUUUCCUUAUGUGGCGGUGUGUAUUGGCUUGGCAAUCAACAAAAAGGUGAAAAUUUAGUCUAUUUUAAACCCAUAUUUUGUUAGCUGUUUAGAAAGACUGCCCAUCCCUAAAUAAAUAAUCAUAAGAAGCUAGAUAACCUUUGUGCAAUUAAGCUGUGUAAUAAAUUAACUGAUCAGAAAGUGUUUCUAAAAAGAAACUGGACAGGUAUAACAAUCCCUCUGCUCUAUUCUAGGUUUCACAGGUGGGGUGGGCAGACAUCAAUAGAAUAAUAGUUUUUGUUUUUUCUCCACAUCCUUUCUUGGUACCCAGAGUAGUUUUGCUCUCAACAUAAUCUAAGAUAACAGCUUCAAGGUUAAUGGUGACUCAACAAAAAUUCUUUUUAGCACAUGUGAUGGAGGAAUUAUUAAUUUUUUACAGUGUACUGCUUUUGCUACUAGUAAUUCAGCAAAUUUACAUUACUCUUAUACCUUAAACAGUUAGAGUGAUUUUACUUGAACCGUGAAACAGAUAUUAACAAAUAGUGCAAAAUAGGGAGAGGUAAACAAAAGAAGACAAUAGAAUUAGUGCAUAAUAGUGCGUGGUAUUCCUCUACCUAUUUCACGGUUCAAGUAAAAUCACUGUAACUUGGAGACGUAUGCAUGGGUGGUAAUACGAGGAAUUCUUUGGUGGGAAUGUGUUAUCCAAAUCCUGAUGAUCCUAGAUUUCAGACCAAUACAUGUCAUUUUCCAUCUUUGUUUUUAGACCUUGCUUUUAAAAUCCAUACCAAUUUUCAGAGCUGACUUCUGAAAGUUGUACUUCAUCUACCAACCCAUUGCCUUGGUUGACAAGCUGAACAUGCAUGAAUAAAUUUUGGUAACUCAUUCAUAGUCCCCUAAUUGUGCAAAAAAGUGACAAAUGGCCUGCAUAAAAAGUAAGACUAAUUUUCUCUUCUCAUGUUUGUCAUUUUUAACUAGGUAGUAAUUGGGGUCAUAUACAGUUGUAUUAGAGAUGAGCUAUACACUGCCAGGAGAGGCUCUGGAGCAUUUCGUAAUGGAAAGCAAAUUCACUGUUCUGGUCUUACAGGUAGCCGUCAAAAGAACAAAACCAGGUCUAUUAGAAUACAGAAGACCCUAGAUAGCAAGACCAGAACUGGAGGUGGGGGGAAGGGUCACUCAAGGGAAGUUAAGGUACACUUGUGCAACUGAGGUCUUCAAUCCCUGAGCAUGUUUAAGAUAAAAAUUUUUGACCGCUCAUCGCCAACCUUCAACCUCUUCUAGUCCAAAAAGACACCCUGUUCAAGUCACUAGAUAUUGAAAUACCAUGUUUAAGACUCAAGACCCCUGAAGAUCAUAACCUGCUUAGCAUAGUUUGGGGCCAGGCACCGCAGUUGUGGAAAAAGGUGAAAAAAAAAAUUGGUGAGCGAAACAAGCCGAGUAGCAGUCUCGGGAGAGGAAAGGGUCUUGCCAAUUUUUUUAGGCUGUUUCACUCCAUUUUUUGCCAUUUUCCCGCACAGUGGAGCCUUGUCCCAGGCUAUGUUUAGCAGCACAUAUCCAUCUAGGCCAAGUAAGGAAGUGUGCCCCAUUUCCAGGACCUGAACCUUGUUGCAGUGACCUGUGGUUUGUAAAAACAAGGUUGUGAUAGGGGUCUCUUUGUAUUGAUUUGGGAAUCGUGGUUGAGGUUAUUAUCUAAGGUUUGUCUUUUAUUGUAAUGGCUCUAUUGCAAAUCUCAUCUUUCAAGUUUUUCUUGCAAAAAGGGAGGGGGUUUUUAAUCUUAGUCAUUUUCUAAGGGACAUAGCAGAUUCAGAGUCACGUUUACAGCAAAUGUUAAUGUCAGAUUCAAGUUGAGAAAUUCUCACAACAGAAAAUGAACAAAUAAAAACAGCUUGAUUUAUGAAACAGUUCCUUUGGAGAAAACUGGCAUAAAUCUUCUGAUUUCUGUGUACAGUAGUUAAAACGGAACAGAAAUCAACAAGAACAGGGAGUAAUUGGCCACGUGGUACAAAUUUGCAUUUGUUAAAUUGGGGUCAUAUACAGUUGUAUUAGAGAUGAGCUAUACACUGCCAGGAGAGGCUCUGGAGCAUUUCGUAAUGGAAAGCAAAUUCACUGUUCUGGUCUUACAGGUAGCUGUCAAGUGAACAAAAUCAGAUCUAUUAGAAUACAGGAGGCCUUAGAUAGCAAGACCAGAAAUGGGGGUGGGGGGGAGGGGGUCACUCAAGGGAAGUUAAGGUACACUUAUGCCACUUGUUUAAAACAAAAGUUCUUGACCGCUCAUCGCCAACCUUCAACCUCUUCUGGUCCAAAAAGACACCCUGUUUAAGUCACUAUAUACGGUGUGGCACAAAAUGUUUGUGGGUUCUAAUUUUUGUGAUUUUUCCAUCAAUCCGCAAAAAUAAGAUCCUGCAAAUAAAAAUUACCGCAAACAUUUUCCUGCAAAAAUUUACUCCAGAGUAAAUAUUCUCUAACUGAAAUUUGCUAGGCAGAAAAAUAGUACUAAGAAAUCGUGUCUGUUCAUUCACAACUUGUCUCUUUCAUUCAGAAACAAAACAGUAUACAACAAAAAACUGUUUCGUAUUUCUAUUGCUUUUACUCAAUAAAAGCGAAAAUAUUAUCAACGCUGGGUACUGGGUACUUUCUAAAAAUCCCAAAAAUUAAUUCCCAGUGAGAAAAACCAGUCUGUCCUAAUCGCAAAAAUUAGUUCCUGCAAAACACAAUAACUUGCCAAUCAGCAAAAAUAAACUCCCGCAAAAAUUUCUUGCCCGCACGGUAUUGAAAUUGUAUACCAUGUUUCAGACUCAAGACCCUGAAAAUCAUACCCUACUUAAACUAGCCUGGGACCAGGCCUGGCAGUUGGGGGAAAAGGGCGAAAAACAAUAAUCGGUGAGUGACACAAGCAGAUUGGCAGUCUGGGAAUAGGAAAUAGUCUGGCCAAUUUUUUUAGGCUGUUUCACUCCGUUUUUUGCCAUUUUCUCCCACAGAGGAUCCUUGCCCCAGGCUAUGUUUAGCAGCACAUAUCCUUCUAGGCCAAGUAAGGAAGUGUGCCCCAUUUCCAGGACCUGAACCUUGUUGGAGUGACCCGUGGUUUGUAAGAACAAGGUUUUGAUAGGGGUCUCUUUGUUUGGAUUUGGGAAUCCUGGUUGAGGUUAUUAUCUAAGGUUUGUCUUUUAUUGUAAUGGCUCUAUUGCAAAUCUCAUCUUUCAAGUUUUUCUUGGAAAAAGGAGGGGCUUUUUAAUCUUAGGUCCCGUCCACACGAAGACGAUUGUAAACGCAAACGCUAGUAAACGCAUAUUUUUAUCUCCGUCCACACAAAAACGAUCAUCGUUUACGUAGCGUUUUAACCCGUCCACACGAAAACGCUCGUAAACGCAUAAAACGAUGUCAUACACCGAAAGUUCUCUUUCCACUCUUAGUUUGCACAGUUGCUACGGAAAUGAAACAAGUGCCAAAAGACAAAAGGUCAACGCUCUAAAUAAAUCGCUAAUCAAGCAUGACGAGGGCAUAAACAAUACCCAACUUAGUCUAAUGUCACUACAAAACAUGAUAAUAUUGAGAGAUUGAACACAGAAUUUAAUUGAUGGCCCAUUACAGGCAUGAAAAGAAUGGAUUUUAAAUCGUACAUACCCUUCUUUUUGGCGGCCGCCAUUUUGAGAUCAUACGCUUUCCCAGUGUUCAUUGCAGGCCUAUUCAAAAUUGCUUCAAAAGCGAAAUCCCCGCCAAAGCCCCGCUAACGGUCCCUGGUCGCUGUUAUUUGUGUCUAAUGUUGUCGAACACCCCGCACACUGGGGCAAAGAUGACCACUAAAAACCGCUAAAAUCCCCCGCUAAUGCCCCGCAUUCCCUGGGUAUGGGUGUGCAGGGCUUUCCACUGACUAGUGCAUUAAUUUUCAUUGAUCAGUGAUAAUUUUUGGCUAGGGGCAAAUGAUGAAAGUUUACAUUUUCCUUUUAAAAGCACAGAACAAGUGGGGAAUUUUACCAGCCGUUCGAUUCGUCCUUUGUGUGAGAAUAUGUCUCAAAAGUGCAAAUUUUGUUUUAUCACAGAAGUAAGCGAGGAUUCUAAAAGCCGUUUGUCUCAGUCCACAGCACAUACUACACGAUUCUAAAAACAGAAAGCGGUCUGUUUUAUGAAUUUUGAGAGAUCAGUCAAGCGACAAGCUCAUUAUAUUUCUUGACUUGACUCUCAAUUCUCAAAAUGCGAGAAUUGAUUCUCAAGACUCAAGAAUUGAUUCUUGAAAGUUUCAAGAAUCAAUAUGUAAGUGACUGUCAACUUACUUUUGAGUGGUACUGUACAAUGGAAGAACUGGGCUUUUCCUGUGUUUUGACUGGAAUGCUCCUUAAUACUCCUUAAAAAUUGUUCAUCUUAGAUUUCCUUAUGUGGCAGUGUGUAUUGGCUUGGCAAUCAACAAAAAGGUGAAAAUUUAGUCUAUUUUAAACCCAUAUUUUGUUAGCUGUUUAGAAAGCCUGCCCACCCCUAAAUAGAUAAUCAUAAGAAGCUAGAUAACCUUUGCGCAAUUAAGCUGUGUAAUAAAUUAACUGAUCAGAAAGUGUUUCUAAAAAGAAACUGGACAUGUAUAACAGUCCCGCUGCUCUAUUCUAGGUUUACAGGUGGGUUGGGCAGACAUCACUAGAAUAAUAGUUUUUGUUUUUUCUCCACAUCCUUUCUUGGUACCCAGAGUAGUUUUGCUCUCAACAUAAUCUAAGAUAACAGCUUCAAGAUUAAUGGUGACUCAACAAAAAUUCUUUUUAGCACAUGUGAUAGAGGCAUUAUUUACAGUGUACGGUUUUUGCUACAUAGUAAUUCAGCAAAUUUAGAUUACUCUUAUACCUUAAACAGUUAGAGUGAUUUUACUUGAACUGUGAAACAGAUAUUAACAAAUAGUACAAAAUAGAGAGAGGUAAACAAAAGAAGACAAUAGAAUUAGUGCAUAAUAUUGCGUAUUAUUCCACUACCUAUUAAAUGGUGCAAGUAAAAUCCCUGUAACUUGGAGACAUAUGCAUGGGUGGUAAUACGAGGAAUUCUUUGGUGGGAAUAUGUUAUCCAAAUCCUGAUGAUCCUAGAUUUCAGACCAAUACAUGCCAUUUUCCAUCUUUGUUUUCAGACCUUGCUUCUAAAAUCCAUACCAAUUUUCAGAGCUGACUUCUGAAAGUUGUACUUCAUCUACCAACCCAUUGCCUUGGUUGACAAGCUGAACAUGCAUGAAUAAAUUUUGGUAACUCAUUCAUAGUUCCCUAAUUGUGCAAAAAAGUGACAAAUGGCUUGCAUAAAAAGUAAGACUAAUUUUCUUUUCUCACGUUUGUCAUUUUUAACUAGGUAGAAAUUGGGGUCAUAUACAGUUGUAUUAGAGAUGAGCUAUACACUGCCAGGAGAGGCUCUGGAGCAUUUCGUAAUGGAAAGCAAAUUCACUGUUCUGGUCUUACAGGUAGCUGUCAAGUGAACAAAAUCAGAUCUAUUAGAAUACAGGAGGCCUUAGAUAGCAAGACCAGAAAUGGGGGUGGGGGGGAGGGGGUCACUCAAGGGAAGUUAAGGUACACUUAUGCCACUUGUUUAAAACAAAAGUUCUUGACCGCUCAUCGCCAACCUUCAACCUCUUCUGGUCCAAAAAGACACCCUGUUUAAGUCACUAUAUACGGUGUGGCACAAAAUGUUUGUGGGUUCUAAUUUUUGUGAUUUUUCCAUCAAUCCGCAAAAAUAAGAUCCUGCAAAUAAAAAUUACCGCAAACAUUUUCCUGCAAAAAUUUACUCCAGAGUAAAUAUUCUCUAACUGAAAUUUGCUAGGCAGAAAAAUAGUACUAAGAAAUCGUGUCUGUUCAUUCACAACUUGUCUCUUUCAUUCAGAAACAAAACAGUAUACAACAAAAAACUGUUUCGUAUUUCUAUUGCUUUUACUCAAUAAAAGCGAAAAUAUUAUCAACGCUGGGUACUGGGUACUUUCUAAAAAUCCCAAAAAUUAAUUCCCAGUGAGAAAAACCAGUCUGUCCUAAUCGCAAAAAUUAGUUCCUGCAAAACACAAUAACUUGCCAAUCAGCAAAAAUAAACUCCCGCAAAAAUUUCUUGCCCGCACGGUAUUGAAAUUGUAUACCAUGUUUCAGACUCAAGACCCUGAAAAUCAUACCCUACUUAAACUAGCCUGGGACCAGGCCUGGCAGUUGGGGGAAAAGGGCGAAAAACAAUAAUCGGUGAGUGACACAAGCAGAUUGGCAGUCUGGGAAUAGGAAAUAGUCUGGCCAAUUUUUUUAGGCUGUUUCACUCCGUUUUUUGCCAUUUUCUCCCACAGAGGAUCCUUGCCCCAGGCUAUGUUUAGCAGCACAUAUCCUUCUAGGCCAAGUAAGGAAGUGUGCCCCAUUUCCAGGACCUGAACCUUGUUGGAGUGACCCGUGGUUUGUAAGAACAAGGUUUUGAUAGGGGUCUCUUUGUUUGGAUUUGGGAAUCCUGGUUGAGGUUAUUAUCUAAGGUUUGUCUUUUAUUGUAAUGGCUCUAUUGCAAAUCUCAUCUUUCAAGUUUUUCUUGGAAAAAGGAGGGGCUUUUUAAUCUUAGGUCCCGUCCACACGAAGACGAUUGUAAACGCAAACGCUAGUAAACGCAUAUUUUUAUCUCCGUCCACACAAAAACGAUCAUCGUUUACGUAGCGUUUUAACCCGUCCACACGAAAACGCUCGUAAACGCAUAAAACGAUGUCAUACACCGAAAGUUCUCUUUCCACUCUUCUGAUAUCACCACUUGAUCGGCAAAGUUGUUCCACCAGGCGCUUGUACGACCUGGUCUGGUCCAGAAUCUUCUCUCUUUGCUCUCACGUCUGCAUCUAAGUCGUUUUACUCGAGUAAAAGUGCUUGUAGUUGUGGAUAACAAUCUUGAGAGGUUUAGUCUUCUUCUUUUGUAGUUUUCCUGUAUAUCGAUUAUUGCAUGAUUCAAUUGAAUGCUCGCAAUUAUGCUUGAAAUAAGCGCAAGCAUGACACAGCUCAACACUCGUGUGUACGCCAUCUUGGAAACGCACUCGAUAAAAGAGACUGGCGCUGACAUCUGACGUCAGCGUUUUCACAUCGUUUACGAAAAUAUACGUUUACGGCCGUCCACACGAAGACGCAUAAACGGCGUUUUCAAAUUUAUCCACUUUGGAGAGCGUUUUCGAAUUUAUGCGUUUACGGUGAGCGUUUUCAUCGUCUUCGUGUGGACGGAAGGCCUAAACGCAUAAAAAAGUUUGCGUUUACUAGCGUUUGCGUUUACAAUCGUCUUCGUGUGGACGGGGCCUUAGUCAUUUUCUAAGGGACAUAGCAGAUUUAGAGUCACGUUUACAGCAAGUGUUAAUGUCAGAUUCAAGUUGAGAAAUUCUCAAAACAGAAAAUGAUUUAUGAAACAGUUCCUUUGGAGAAAACUGGCAUAAAUCUUCUGAUUUCUGUGUACAGUAGUUAAAACGGAACAGAAAUCAACAAGAACAGGGAGUAAUUGGCCACGUGGUACAAAUUUGCAUUUGUUUUCCAUAAACGUGGCUCUAAAUAUCUCUAAAAUCUUCACAUGGUCUGCAUGAGGGGGAAUCUUAUUAAUCUUAGCAAUAUUAUUCUACUGAAGGACAAUGUGCAAAGUUUAUGUUAUCACCUAACUUUCCACCUUUAUUAUUCUCUUUGACAGAUAUAAGCAAAGCUCUUGUCAUCACUGAGUUGGGUGCUUCUAGGGAACUUGCAAACAUGGAAGUUGUGAAUAAGAACUUUAGAACUGUAGCAGAGCCACCAAUUCGAGUUCAUGGGUAAGAAACUGAGCUGUAGUGUUCAUCAGAGGUGUAAACCCUCUCAGAUCUGAAAUCGGGAAAUUUUCUCACUCAUUGACCCAGUCUGUGAACCAGGUUCCUUGGUGGGGGUAACAAUGGGGGUAACAGUUGGAGAUUGGGGAGGAGAAAAGUGACAGCUCCUUCCCCACAGUUCUCCUGCCAACUGACUUGCCUCUUUCAUCCCAUUUGCCCUGUCAUUCGCCUUUUUUUUUCCAUUAAGGAGCCAGGUGCCAGGCUUGACUUCUGAUUUUUUUGAAUUUUAACGACUAGCCUGUGCACAGAAGCCCCCUUCCUCCAAAAGAUUUUUUAAGGGGAGGGAGAGUGUACAGAGGUUAGUAACUAGACUGCAAAACAGUUGGGUUUUUUCUCAAAAUCGGUUUAGCAUAGUGUAAGAGUAGCAUAAGAGUCUCACGCGCGGGAAGGGCGCAAGCCUCACACGUCCAGCGUGUCCCUCUUUCCAGUCUUGCUCUCCAUUUUCAGCCUCGCUCCAGACCUUAUAAUAGUUUGACUGUUCAUGCGUACCUGAAUAAACAAAAACACGGACUGUUUUGCAGUCUAGUUAGUAACAAGAAGUUUCCUUUCCAUUUGCAUAAAGUGAUUGUAGUUAUUUUUUUUGUUUCCGUUAUUCUGUGUAGCAUCAGAAUGUUAGGAUCAGCAGCACUUAAUUUGUGCUCAAUAGCAGAGGGUAGUGCUGACCUGUAUUAUGAGUUUGGAAUUCAUGUUUGGGAUAUCGCUGCUGCUGGUUUAAUAGUUGAAGAAGCUGGAGGAGUUCUCUUAGAUCCUUCUGGUAUGUAAAGCCCCAUUUUACACAGCCAGGCGAUAUACCGUGCACGUUUUAUGCUUUCAAUAUUUCGAUUCGUUGUAGCCUUUGUAGCAAGGUCUCUGUUUGCUUUUAGCCAAACAGUAUAUACCCUGGGUGCCAGAGACUUUUCUAGCGCGGUUUCCGGUUUCUGCUCGUGGCUUCGGCCUUCGGCCGACACCGAAAAUUCCCGCUGCGAGAAAAACCUCUGGUACCCAGGGUAAGCAGUAAAAGACUGAGCGAAAGGCGCGCGAGGAAUAAAAGGUGCUAAGUCCUUGUGCGUCUUUCGCACUUCCUCCGCUUGGCUAAAAGAAACGGAAACGACUGGUACGAAUCUACAUUUUAGCUCCGUUGUUUCGAACUUCCAAUUUUGAUGCCAUUAAUUAGUGACUUUUCUUGCGCAAAAGUAGGUUCUUCCCCACUUUCCUCCACCACGCCUUACCCCCUCUUUUUUCGCCCCGCCGCCAGGGCGCCCCGGAGAGCUUACUCGCAAGCUAGCGCAAAAGUUAUCAAAAAACCUCUCUUUUGGACAAGUGUUUACAUUGGAUACGCCCCUAGAGCACUCCUAAGGUAACUGCCGUAUAAAGAUUAGAAAAUCGUAAUUAAAAUAGCCACGAAAUCAUAGCAAAGACUUAAAGGCUCAGUUUUUAAAUGUCUUUGGCUGUGUUCGGUUACCGGUCGUUUCGAUGCAAAGUCGUUUCGAUACAAGUUAAUCCCAUCGAGGUGUAAAUAGUUUCACGUACUUGGAAUAUUCAACCAAAAUGUUUUACCUGUUCAACUGCAAACUUUUCUUGAAGUGAUCGAAAUUUUUGUGCAAUUUCACUGCUUGAGUUCUCGUAUCGAAACGACCGGUUUCCCUACCUUCACACGGCACCAGACGAAUUUUCGAUGUGCCAAAAAGGCCGCCUUCAAAGUCUCAUCUUGUUUUAAAUGGAGGGCUACAUUUCAAUAGAUGACGUAAUGCAAUACAUGGCUGUUUUUUUUUUUAGGAGGACCAAUAGAUUUGAUGGCUCGUCGUGUGUUAGCUGCUGGAAGUCAGGAGAUUGCGGAGAAGGCUUCUAAGCAUUUGGAAUGCAUUGAUUUACCAAGAGACUGA